AUGCCCGGCCGAGAGGGCGCACAGCGCGGGGCGCCCGCGGGGGGCCACGAGCCCGCCUUCCGCAGCGGCGCCGGCCGGGGAGGGCUCGAGGGCAGCCGCGCCCCGCAGGGAGCCCCGAGGAGCCACACGGGGCGACCAGCUUCACCUCACCCGCCCGGGGCACCGUCCGCCCCUCGCUGGGCGGCGCCGGGGCGGGCACCGCCCUGCGGUGGCUGCCGCGCGGCCGGGACCCCAGGGCGGGCACAGCCGGACGCGAAGCCCGUUCCCGCGCGCGGCCUGGCCGCCGGGCGACCCCCCGCGGGACGGGCAGCACCGACGGCGCCGCCCGAGCAGCCAGGCCCGGCGCCCGGUCACGGCCGGGGACGUGCUGGGGAGACCACGAGGCGCCCACGAGCUCGCGCGGCGUCGCACGGGCCCUGGCACCGGCGCUUCCAGGGAAGCGGCAUCCAACACACCCCCCGACCGCCAGCCGGGAGCCCCGCGGCGCGGCUGCUGAGGAAGGAGGAGCCCCUAGCCGGCCUCGACCCCCCCCCCCCCCCGCAGGGCCGCGCCGUCCGCCUCCCUUGCCCAGCCCGCCCACCGCAGGCUACAGGCGCCCGGGCCGCGCUGGCAGGGGCGCCCGCCAACCCCCAAGUGACGCGCCCAUCUGGGGGCGCGGGGCAGGCCCCCGGCCGCUCCCACAGGGCCCGCUGA